AUGGACGAAGAUGAAGACCUGUCGCACCUGCGCAAUCCGAACCCCGACCCGGCCGCCGACGAAGACCCUGAAGAAGAAACGCUCGACUAUGGCGCCGCUUUUGCGAAAAUAGCAAACAGCGAUAAUGCGCUCCACCUUCCCAAGCGCGGCGAAAAAGACUUCGAAUCGCACGAGACGAACCUCCAACUCUCCAAGCUCGAUGCCUCGCGCCUUGCCAUGCACAAUGUGCUCUCCUGGCAGCGCACACACACGCAGAAGGGCCAUAUACCCGCCAUGUACGACCCAGACACGAACAUGGCCUACGUUCCCAAGCCCAAGUCGAGCAUGUUCCUGACUAUGGGGAGGAGCAAGGGAGGAAAAGAGUGGCUGCUGCCCGAAGAGGCGCUGUUCUUGAUUGAAAGAGGGAGUGUGGAUUGUCGGUGGCCGGUCAAGGACGCGGAAAACGGCGGGAAUAUGCUGGAGGGCGCGCCGAUGAGUCUACAGGCCGCGUAUGCAGCGUUCCUGGGCUACGAGGCUGGCGUGGGCGGGAAGCUGACCAUGGAGAUGUACACCGUGUACGCUGGCCUGAAGCGCUCAGGCUAUGUCGUGUUCCGGCACGGCAGCUGGGACGACGCGCGCGCGCCUGUGCAGCCCCUCACACCGAACUCCCCCGAUCAGAACGCAAGCAAAGCUGGCUACUGGAGCAGCUUCUGGAGCGACGUCUGGCGCCGCAUAUCCCAGCCCUCGCACACCGCGUCCCCGGAGAGUCUGGCAUACGGCCCGCUGGUACGUCCCGGGCUCUAUCGCUCCUACGCAGACAUCUACCGCGCGCUCGCCCUCAUCCCCUUGCACGACCGCACCCAGCCGCCCGCCUUCGCGCUUCCGCCCAACCCCAACAACCCGUUCCGCAUCCACUUCGAUGUCUGGAAGACAUCCGGCUCCCAGCGCUUUCGCAAGUCUGCGCGCCCGCCACCCGACUUUCGCAUAUGUGUUAUUGAUGCGCGCUCCACGUCUGUUCCAACUGCCGCCGAGUUGAACGAUUUGUUGGCGACGGUGCCAGAUGACGGGCCCAAGGAGAAUGUGCAUAUUAUGCAGAAACUCAAGCAUGGGAGCAGGAACGUGCUGCUCGCGGUGGUGGACAAUGGGAUACCGAGUUACAUUCGCGUUGCAGACGUGGAUUUCGGGAGGGAGAAGGUGUAUGAGCGGACGGCGCCCCGAGGUGGAAAGGGAGGCCGAGGAAGAGGUGGAAGAGGCAGAGGAAGGGGCCGGGGGAGAUGA